AAACAAUCGGCGGCGCCGCCGCGGGCAGCCGAACGCGGCGAGUGAGGACCAGGGGCGCGGGACCGGGUGGGGAGAGCGAGCGGGAGCGGCGGCGAGUAUCCGGGGGCCGGGGGGCCAUGGGGCAGGCAGGCACGGGCUGCGCGGGGCUCCCCCGGCGCCGCGGCUAGCGCGCCCGCUGUCUCGGCCGCCUCAGCCGCCCGCGCCGCCCGCCUGGGGGACGAGGAGCAGGACGCGGCCUCGGCCGGGCCCGGGCCGAACGGCUGCGGACACCCGGGCGCCAGGGAGUCGAGCGCCGCCGCCGCCGCCUCCGGGAUGGAUCAGUGCGUGACGGUGGAGCGCGAGCUGGAGAAGGUGCUGCACAAGUUCUCGGGCUACGGGCAGCUGUGCGAGCGCGGCCUGGAGGAGCUCAUCGACUAUACGGGCGGCCUCAAGCACGAGAUCCUGCAGAGCCACGGCCAAGAUGCUGAAUUAUCAGGGACACUUUCACUUGUUUUGACACAGUGCUGUAAGAGAAUAAAGGACACUGUUCAAAAAUUGGCCUCAGACCACAAAGACAUCCACAGCAGUGUUUCUCGGGUUGGAAAAGCCAUUGAUAAGAAUUUUGAUUCUGACAUUAGCAGUGUGGGAAUAGACGGCUGCUGGCAGGCAGACAGUCAGAGGCUCCUCAAUGAGGUGAUGGUGGAGCACUUCUUUCGGCAAGGAAUGCUGGAUGUAGCUGAAGAGCUCUGCCAGGAAUCCGGUCUUUCUGUAGACCCAAGUCAGAAAGAACCAUUUGUGGAGUUAAAUCGAAUAUUAGAAGCAUUAAAAGUCAGAGUUCUGAGACCUGCUCUGGAAUGGGCAGUAUCAAACCGAGAAAUGCUCAUAGCCCAAAACAGCUCCUUGGAAUUUAAACUACACAGACUGUAUUUUAUUAGCUUAUUAAUGGGUGGAACUACGAAUCAGCGAGAGGCAUUACAAUAUGCUAAAAAUUUUCAGCCAUUUGCCCUAAAUCAUCAGAAAGACAUUCAGGUUUUGAUGGGAAGCCUUGUGUACCUGAGACAAGGGAUAGAGAACUCGCCGUAUGUUCACCUACUUGAUGCAAACCAGUGGGCUGACAUCUGUGACAUCUUUACAAGGGAUGCCUGUGCCCUCCUGGGGCUCUCGGUGGAGUCCCCCCUCAGCGUCAGUUUCUCAGCAGGUUGUGUGGCGCUGCCAGCUUUAAUUAAUAUCAAAGCUGUGAUUGAACAGAGGCAGUGCACUGGAGUUUGGAACCAGAAAGAUGAAUUACCCAUUGAAGUGGACCUUGGUAAAAAGUGCUGGUAUCACUCUAUAUUUGCCUGUCCCAUUCUUCGUCAGCAAACAACAGAUAACAACCCACCCAUGAAAUUGGUCUGUGGUCAUAUUAUAUCAAGAGAUGCCCUGAAUAAAAUGUUUAAUGGUAGCAAAUUAAAAUGUCCAUAUUGUCCAAUGGAACAAAGUCCAGGAGAUGCCAAACAGAUAUUUUUCUGAAGAAAUAACUUUAAUUUGCAAUUUAUGAUGAUCUUUUCUCUUGUGAGGUAUCUUCAUUUAAUGCACUGUCCAGAAAUAGCCAUGUGUAAGAGUCUUUCUCUGUAUGAUGAACGAACUACAUGGAAAGGAUUCUGUGGACAUACUUCUGACUUGCACCCGUUAAGUCACUUCAUUAUGAGAAGAAUGUUACAUGGAAAUCACCAAAUAUUUUGCAACUUUCUUUCAUCUGACAUGGAACUGAACAUCACUAUAGGAAAACUUUGAUAAGAAAACAAAGAGAAAAGAAAAUACAGAAGGAAAGAGGACCGUGACACUUUGCAUUUUAAACUGCAGAUUGGUUUCUUUUGCAGGGAGGGAGAAAACAGGUUUGGUGCUGAGUUCCCUAGAGAGUGUCGGCAUGAGCAGUCAUAUACCAGCCCGCAUGGUUUGUCCUGAAAUGUUUAUCUGGGAGAGCAGGGAUUUUGUCUUAAAGGAAAGGGGUACUGCAGGAAAGCUCUGCUUGACUGCUGUGUGUGGUCAGGCUUCCUCUGAGCGCUACUGUGUGCCGGGUGGGUUAGCCAGGAAUGGCGGCUGGCCUGCUCAGAGUGUUUGCUCUGUCCGACGACCUCUGUCUUGUCGGCCCCACCGGGACUUUAUCCCUGUGUUUCUGCUUUCCUGUUGAAACCCUCCCUAAAGUUUCCCCUCUCUCCACUAAAGCAGUGAAGGCAAAGAGCAGAGAGAAACUCCUCGGACUCCGUAAGAGAAGGUAGAGAAUUCCAGGCAACUCUGGCUGAGGAUGUAAACCUGGUUUAUGACCUAUAUUUCCCUUUGAGUUA